AUGUCGAUCCGGAAGAGCCUCGCUGCCACAGGGCUGGCUUUGCUAAUGGCAAGCACCGCGCCAGUGGUGAACGGCAGUCCCAUUGAGCGUCUUUUACACCUGCUCGCUCGGGAUCCUCCACAGGCGCUACCGGAAAAGGCCACGGCCAACGAUAAAAAAUGGCAACCGGCAGUGGACUUCGAUACCGAUGGGUGUUAUAACACACCAGCCAUCGACGCGAAGGGCAACAUAAAUCCAGGCCUCGACCAUGAAAAUACUGGUCUCUCCUCAGGUUGCCAUGACCCCUCAGACCUAGCCAACAACAAUGUGUAUUCCCGGGCGCGGUGUAAUAACGGAUGGUGCGCAUAUCUGUACGACUACUAUUUCGAGAAAGACGUAGCCAUCCCCUACGUCCCCCUGGACCCAGGACACCGCAACGACUGGGAGCACGUAGUCGUCUUUGUCCAGAACGACGAGGCCAAAGUGGUAGCAGUGUCGCAGCACGGCGGCUACCAAGUCAAGAGUGCGAGCGAUGUCCGAUGGGAGGGCACGCACGCCAAAGUUGUGUACAACAAGGACGGGCUUAGUACGCACGACUUCCGAUUCGCGAACGAGGGCGAUGAUAAGAUCGAAAACGACACUGGGAAGUGGUUCUACGGCGCGUUAAUCUCCUACAAUGGAUUCCCUAGCACUGAGCUACGGGACAAGCUAGUGGCGCACGACUUCGGCAGCGCUAACAUCGCGUUCAAGGACUCGAGCUUCCCGGGUCAACUGGAAAAGGCUCGGGGUGAUCUGGUACCCGGUUUCGACAGUAAUGUGGACGACGGUUCUCCUGGAAACCCAUAA